AUGGCGCUGGCUGCUGUUCGCGAGACAUGCGAACACAUGGCGGCGACGAUGCAGUCAACGGGCCAGGUCGACGCGCAGCAAGCCAAGAACCUCUUGCUCUCGAGGCUUGCGCCGAUCCAGGCAAUCACCAUGGCUGAUGCCACUGCCAUCUUGAACGUCCUGAACACGAGCCAAUUCGGCGGCCCAGAGCGCGUCCAAAUCGGUGCGAUUGUGAACAUGAAGGUGUCGGGGCUCUCGCACGCCCCGCGCACGGCGGCGAGGCAGAACACUCAAUAUUGCUUGUUUUUUCACAGCUACAUGACCCGCACCAUGUGGGGCGCAUUCAGAGAUCAGGUUACGCCGCGGGGCCACGCCCAGUCCAUGAUCCUGAACCGCAUGGGCGACAUUGGCCCCGUGAACCCGAGCGAGCUGACGCUCGUUCACAUAUGGGCCGUGUUCAUGGUUGCGAAGCACCCCGAGGGUGCUCAGAUCAAGCCAGACCCGAUGGAAGCCCUCCAUCGCAAGAACCAGCUCAAAGAUGCAAUUGCCCUCUAUCGCAGGCGCGUGCCGAGGGCCCCGCACCACGGCGUGGUCGCCGACUACCCCGCGGACCCCGACAACUUGCAGAGCACUCACCCUGCCGUGUACAAUGCCGCAUUCUCAGUGACCUCACCGCCGUGCCCGUGCCCCAUGCACGAAGGGAAGAUUACCGCGGCGAGGGUUGCGAUGCCGUGCAGGCGCAGCAGUUCGUUGGUUUCCACCCCUGCAGUCGUCAGGCAGCCGCGCGGGGCGAGGCAGCUCGACGCCGCGGCGCAGCAGAUGUUCGCGUUCGAUCGUGGCGACGCGGGUUCAAUCCCAGGCCUGCACAUCUAUGGGCAUCCCAGGCCGACGCCGAUGGGGUCGUGGAUGCCCGCGCCCGAGCGGCGGCGUCGGCGGCGGGGGCCCAGACGGUUUGCCGCCAGCGGCGGCAGCUUCGCCGACGGGCGCCUCUGCGCCAGCGGCGGCAGCCUCGCCGACGGGCGCCUCUGCGCCAGCAACGGCGGCCGCGCCGACGGGCGGAGGCGCGCUUUCAAGCAGACGGGGGGGGUGAUGAUGCUCGAGCACUUCGGCGACGUGAUCGGAAAUGGCAAGGGCAAACCCCCCAUGAAGGCGGCAGCAACCAAAAAGACCCCUAUGAAGGCUAUGAAGGCGAAGACCCCGAUGAAGACGAAAAAGGUGAUAAGCAAAACGACCCCGUCUCCAAUGAAGGCGAACAAAUCGAAGCCAUCCCCCGUGAUCGUAGCCUCGGCGUCUGCCUUGCGCUUCCCUGGCGUGCCGACCAAGCCCGUGGCACUGUGGGCCGUGUCAACGGCCAUGCGGUUCUACACGGCGGUUCCAGCCAUGAAGUGGCGUGUUCUGCGCAACGGCCAGAGGGUCGACUCCGCCUUCAGCUGGAAAAUCGAUGCCAGGAAAUCGUGGAGGGCCCUGGUCCAGCAUGUGAAGGACGGCAAGACUGUCGAUUGCAAUGGGUGCCCGCACAAUCAGAUUGCAGCUCAGGCGGCGGUUCUCGCCGCCGCGUGCUCGUGCGCCAGCCCCUUCGAGGGGCCCUCUCGGCUCGGCUUCGACGACGACGAGGAGUUCACCGAGCAGCUGCGCAGGGCGGCCGCGAGCCGGCGCCACUUCGACGGCGGCCACUUCUCCGAGCCCAUCAUGCACCUCCGGCUGUUCUGCUCGUGGGCCAAGCGCCUCGCGAUAACCCCGGAGGGGCUGCCUCACCAGCUGAAGUGGGCCCGGGCGGCGCAGUCCCUGCAGGAGAGGGACGCCGUGGACCCUCAGAGGAUGCUGGCCUUCGCGGGCUACGUCGCGGACGUCGUCAUGCGGGCGCGCGAGCUCUGCGAUAACCGCCGGGGCGAGGGCGAGUGCGCCGUGCGGCAGGGCCUGCACCGGCUGGUGUGCCUCCUGCGUCGCCCCGACCUGUCGCACGCGGAGCAGAAGGAGCGCGGCGCCGCGGAGAGGCCCCCGCUGCUGCGGGACGUGUUCCAGGCCUCUGCUGGCACGGUGUACGCGCUGCUCGCGGCCGCCUUCUCCGACCAGCUGCUCGUCGGGCAGCACGGGCAGAACACGACGCAGAUCGGUGCCAUGCUGGACGCGCUCGAGGCGCUGCCGGGCCACAGCGGCGUGGCCUCGCAGGACGCGGUGCUGGUGCCACGUGGCCCUCGUUCGAUGAGCAAGUGGGCGAUGGCAGACACGCGCGGCGUGAGGAAGAUCGCGCAAGCGCUCUGCGGGAGCGAGCCGAGUCAGGUGGCACUCUGUGGAGCCUUUGCCGCCGUCGCCUUUGACGCGGACGCCCAGGAGGUUGCGUCAUCGCGGUACGCUGGUGCAGGCCGUAACAUUGGAUUCCCUGCCGCUGUGUCUCCUCGUCUCCGUGACCUCAGCAGCGCCCCGCGGCUCUGCUACAUGGCCUCGGGCGGGUCCCAGAAGUUCCCCGUGGCCGGGGUGGAGUUGCUGCGGGCGACGUCACCGUAUGAGAUCGAGUUCAGGCUCGUCAAGUCGUCCGUUGCUAAGAAGGGACUGCCCGGCAUCAUCGGCGAGCAGAACCCUUUGGGCUUCGCUUGCCACGUCCCCCGCCCAGACGUACCUCUCGGCGCCGACCAUUUCGGCUGCGUCGCCUCGAGCCUCUUCCUCAUGUCCGGCGCCGUCCGCGCGGGCGGCGCCACGGCCCUCCACGCGGAGGAGCUGCUGUACGCGCUGCUGACGCUGUGCCCCGAGCAGCUGGGGCUGCCGGGGCUGGCGACGAUCCAGCGCCUGAACGCCGCGCGCAGGCCCCUGCGGCGCGCGCUCGGGGACGGGCGGCGGAGGGCGCCGAGUGGGCAGGACGUGUUGCUGUGGGAGGACAGGUCGGCGGGGGACGCGCUGCGGGAGCUCAUCUCCGAGGAGCAGAUGGUCGGGGAAGGCCCGCGGUUGAAGCUGGUGGGGAAGGUCGAGAUCCCCAUCCGUGCGGCCGAGAGGGCGGCCGCGGAGAAGCGCAUCCGCCGGCUGGGCGGCCCGCCCCUGGAGCGGCCCGCCGCCACCGGGCACGGCUUCGCGUGUCCCGAGUGUGGCGAGGGCUUUCAAGACUGGGGCAGUUGCCUGGAGCACUACGAGGAAACGUGCCACUUGGACGUGUUCUCCCCCGCGGCGGUAGAGCAAGCAAAGGCACUGAGUUCACCGGCCUUGUUUCGUUGCUUCGAGAGUGGUCUGGGAUUUGGGUCGUGGGCAGAGUGCAGAGAGCAUCUUAUUCGGAGUGGUCACCUUUCAUGGGCAGAUGAAGACACUCAGCUGCUUUUGUGCGGGCCAGGCUCUGCCAACGAGGAGGAGGAGGAGGAGUGUGCAGAGCAGGACAAGCCGGCGUCCGCAGGACACAACGUGGAAGCAGCUUUUGCGCUCUUGGGCCAAGGCCUCAAUACCGUGUGGGAGAAGAAGGGAAAACGCACAGGCGUGCCGGCCACUAAAGUGUUGGAUCAUGUGCUUGAGAUCGUGCCAGACUUCAACGCUUCAACGUGCGCAACACACCUUUCAAGAAGUUUGCACGUAUGUUGGAUUCUGCUGCGAAGGAGAAACCUUGGCCUUUUCGGGUCAAAACAAAAAAUGGAAGCUACCUAUUUAUUGACAUCCAAGGUCCUUGUGGCGACUUGGACAUCAAGGAGGGUGUGCCAGCUGAGCGAAAGUUUCCGGAGAUCGGGAGGAGGUCAAAGAGUCUGGCGAACCAAGUUCCACGGGCGUUAA